CAUACCAAGUAACCAAACACACCCAAUUAUCUACCACAGACGGCGUCUCAAGCUUAAAAGGGAAAACGAUAAUUGUCGAGAAGCUCUUCUCUUCCAUAGUCAUCCUGUAUGAAGUAGCAGCAUAUGAAUAAGUCCAGACCUGUCAAAUUGCUGCUUUAGGCUAGGCCUGCCAGACGUGGAGGCCACCUGUAGCAAAGAGCUUGUGAAAACUAAUUCUAUAAAUCUGAAACAAGUUUGGUUCCAGCCUAGAAUAUACCGGCAAAAUCCGGCUUCUGCCGAGAAAUCCAUCAUUCACCCGGCAAAGUCCAUGCUUCUGCAGAAAAAUCCGGCAAAAAGCACUUCAAUUUGCACCCGCGAAGCACUUUCUGGACUCCCACUCAGCGACGUCUCAGUAUUAUGGAUGAACGAGAAAUUGUUUUAAGCUACAAGGACGUUGUAUUGAGGGGUGUGGAUUUACAUGCUCUUCAGGGGCCUUGUUAUCUAACUGAUCAAAUAAUAGCUUUCUAUUUCAGUUAUCUGUCUUCCUUGUAUGAUCCAAAAGAAGAAGACAUCCUACUUGUUCAUCCCUCUGUGUCCUUUUUCCUUGCCCAUUCCCUGGAUGAAAACCUUGGUGAUUUUAUGGAACCAUUAAAACUGUCCACCAAAAAACUGGUCCUUUUCCCUGUAAACGAUUGCACAGAUUUUGAUGGGGGUGAAUCCGGAGCACACUGGAGCCUGGUUGUUUAUGACAGAACUAAGAAUAGUUUCUCACAUCUUGACAGCAUUGCUGGAGCUAAUCAUCUGCAUGCCUUGCAUAUCUAUAAGUCACUCAAGGGGUUUAUGGGACCUUCUGUUGCCACUCAACCGCCACAAUCUAUGAAAAAUGAGGAGAAGAAGAAACCACCUGCCUCAUCAUCACCUGCUCCUAUUGCUGAUGCAAUACCUGAAUUUGUUGAAGUCCCCUCCCCUCAACAGAAAAAUGGAUAUGAUUGUGGAAUUUAUGUCAUUGCAAUUGCCCGGGCUAUCUGUCAAUGGUUUUCAUCUCCCAGGAAUAAUAACAGAGAUGUUGAUUGGGUUUCUUUUGUUCAAAAGCAUGUUGAUGCUUCUGUGGAGAUAACCAUGCGUGGUGAGAUAAUGAAGCUCAUUCAAGAGUUACGUGAUGCUUGAUCAUUCCUUUCUUACUGAGUCAUUUGUGGGUGUGAUUUUACUGCCAAUAUUGCUUGGCAACUCAGUUUGUUUACAGUCUGCUAAAUUAACACGUAAGCACCAUUAGCAGCUUCUUCAAUGUGAAUGUUAACAUUUCCUAUCUUUAAUCGCAUAGAUAAAGAUAGAGAUCCAAUCUCUAUUUUAGUUUAGAGUGAAUGGCAUCUUGUAGGUGGAUAUUUAUUCAAGUUGUUGGUCU